AUGGAGACGACCAUGAUGGAAAUCGUGACGGCGGUACGCGCGCGCCUACCGCUGUUCGACCCGAACGACGAGAGUUUCGUCAGCGAAGACGCUCGAGACAUGGGACGAUACCUCGAGGAGGUCGAGCGAGAGUUUGCGGAUCGGGCGAAGGCGUUGCGGGCGCGAAUUGACGGCGGGGAGAUUCUGUGUCCGGCUGGGAGCUAUCCCAUGGCGCCGUGGCUCUGGAUGUCGCGGAGACGAAGGGGUAUGGACAACGCGCCGACGAAGGAUCCGACGCGCAAGCUUUGGGGGGUGUCCGGAGCGUACGAGCAGCCGCACGAGAGCACGUGUUCGUGCGGGACAUGCGCGAAGAUACGAGGGGUGGACUUUGCGAAGUAUCUCAGAGCGGAUUCCCGCGGCUCGGCGGGGUACUUCAACGACGGUGAGCGGGAGUUUUUUGAUACGUGCAGGGUCCAGGCGUGCAACGAGCACGGGUUGGAGGUGUGCGGCGAGUGCGCGUUCGAUAAGAGGGCGGAGAACGAUGAGGAUAGGUUGCGAAAUCGGAUGCGGGCGAAAGUGGAGAUAGAAGUGGCGAGGCAGAAGGAGUACGGCAUUGACGAGUUGACCAGAUUGUAUAAGAAGUUUGUACCCAGUGAGCUGGCGACGAUGGACAAAGAACAUGUUCACUCUUCCAUUUACACAAUGACUUGGGACUUUUGGACCUGGGUGCACUUUACGCAGGCAUUAGAGGUGUUUUUGGGUGACAAUGUACAUAUGGACGUCGUGCGAUUACGAAUCGAACAUCACAGGCUCUGUGCCCGGCCGAUUCAUAAAGAGGAUGAGAUUUUCAUGGCGACGCCCACAACGUUCUGUGUCGCAUUCUCGAAUGGUCGCAAACACGGUUGCGAGACCUUCACAUUGGCUCACAUGUUCUUGGAGAUCUUAACGAUUCGUGUCGAAGGCGUGAUCAAUUAUGUGUCUGUAGGGGACGACAAACUGGGUCACCAAGAUGUGAGUUUACUAGACUAUUGCCGCAUCAUUCGAUUACUCACACAUGGAAUGUGGGUUACGCUACGCCAUGAAACUGACUUUCUGCUCGACGAGAUCCUGUCUGCGCUUUAUAUACCGUUCCACCAUCUCAGAGAAAGACUUGAAAACGACUUUAUCCCUGCACUAAAGAAGUUCGUGAAUGAGGCCGUGAUGCGAGGACUGAGUCGAAACUACGAAAUGUUACAUAAGGAGGCAGUAUUGGAAAUGUGGACGAAGGAGCUCGCGGCGGCGAAAGGGUCGUGGCCACCGUUGCCACAAUCUUCGGUUGACGUCUUGCAAAAGGCGUGCGAUUUGAUGAAAGUACGUGCACUAGACGAGCAUGAACUCAAAAUUUGCGAGCAUUUUCCGCCAUCCGACGUUAUCAUCGAGGAGGCAGCCCGGAUUGUAGACAACCCGUCGGCGGUCAAGCCGACGAGCGCAUCGGCGCAUCACACCAAGGCUUCGAAAGCUGUUUCAGCGCCGUCGACGACUCAACUGACUAGUGCACAAGGCGCACCAGAUUCGGGGGUGCCAGGCGCGUUUAUGAUUCUUCCGCGUGGGUCUAUUAACGUGGAGAUGAUGAAAGAUAGGACGAACCAUGCCCUCGUUUUGUUUGUUCUCGGCAACAAAUGUCUUCCAGAGGUUCGUUGCCCAGAAGAAAUGCCGACUUUAGACCGUCUAAAGGCGACGAUCGUGAUUAUUCCCGUGCCACUCAGUGCCACAAGUUCUGAAGUUUUUGAAAGUGUGGAGGAACUGUGCAGGAACUGUGUGCAUGAAUUCAUCGUACCCAAGACUUCCCGGGAAAAGGAAGAAAUCAGCACGUACUUCGAUAACAGUGUGUUCGAGUACGCGGAGUGUGUGGAGAAUACUGGGAGUACACCGUUCAAAUUUAUGCUCGAUCGCGAACGCCUAGCGCGUGAAGAAGACGAUACAAUUAAGGCGAUACUUGACAUGCGGGAGGUAGUCCUUGCAAACGACGGAGAGUACAAGGAAAGGCCAAAACGUCUUUACUAUAAGAGAGGGAAUGACGAUAAGUUCGAGGACAUCUUUCCGCCUCAGUCGUCGAAUGAGACCUAUGUGCUCUACAUGAGGCCAAAGGCCUUCAUCUACUUUUCUGUAAGAGAUGGCAUCACGGGGGACGGCACUGCCGGCAGUAAGCCUCAGCGCUUCAAAGUCGUCCAAACGGUGCAAUGGAAAAGAGUGAUUGCUGCAUUUUGUGACAAGAAGAAGAUCUCCAACGUAUCCGACGUCGAGCUAUGGAUGCUUCGCGAUGGGAUGCCAACUGAAACUAGGUUGGCUCCAGAUUUCACGCCAGAAACUUCUCAGUACAACCCGGGCACGGAUACCCUUACGAUUAAGCGAAAGGUAGGAGCGUAUGACUUUCAAACGGGAACUGAUAAAUUAUACUAG